ACCAGGCGGAAAUAAACAAAGGAAACGCGCUAAUACUGUUAGCUUUCCUCCUGUGUGACUGAACGGAGAGUGAGCCGAGUGUGUGAGCCGAGUGUGUGAGCUGUGGCAGUAACAAUGCCCUCAGUUCAGUAUCUGAGAGAGUUUAUGAACGAGCGACUAACUGCUGCUGCUGAACAAAUAUUCUUGGAGUUUGAAAAAACGAUCGUCCAGUACGAGGAAGAGAUCGACCGUCAGCGCAGACUGCUGGAUAUCACCUGGAAACCCCAAAUCAAGCUGCACAGGACAGUCCCUCCAGAUGUCCCACAGCAGCAUGUCUGUGAGGAUAAGGAGGAGGAGGAGGUUCUCCCUGAGCAGCAGCUCUGGAACCAGGAGGAACCAGAACCUCCACAGAUUAAAGAGGAACAGGGGGAACUGUGCAGCAGUCAGGAGGGAGAGCAGCUGGGACUGAAGGAGGAGACUGAUACCUUCAUGGUGACUGCUGCUGCUGAGGAAAGAGACCACAGUGAACCAGAAGCAGACAGUGAACAGCUUCCAUCUCUCAGCUCUGAUAACUUUUUUUAUACCAAACCAAAAGACACAGAAAAUAUUAGAAACAGUUUCCAGUACCAAGAAGAGAUCCAUCAACAAAGGCAGUUGGCUGUCACCUGGAAACCAGAAAUAAAGCUCCACAGAAUAGACACCCCACAAGAGCACGUCUGUAAGGAGGAAGAGGAGAUUCUCCCUGAGGAGCAGCUCUGGAACCAGGAUAGGAGAUCCAGUCUGGACUAGGAGGAACCAGAACCUCCACAGAUUAAAGAGGAACAGAAGGAACUGUGCAGCAGUCAGGAGGGAGAGCAGCUGGGACUGAAGGAGGAGACUGAUACCUUUAUGGUGACUGCUGCUGAGGAAAGAUACCACAGUGAACCAGAAGCAGGCAGUGAUCUGCUCAUCACUAACACAUCUUGUCUAGCAGUGAGCCAUGAUCAGGAAGGAAGCACUGACGAUGCACAAAACUUUCCACAGAGUCAGUCUAACACUAACACAGGUAAAAAGUCUUUAAAAUGUGAUGGCUGCAGAAAAUCCUUUACACAUAAGUCCCGCGUGACUUUACAUAACAGAAUCCACACAGGUGAGAAGCUGUUCCUUUGCACAACAUGUGGGAAAAGAUGUAGUCUAAAGGAUCCUUUGUUAGACUGUGUGACAGUCCAAGCAGCUAAAACUACACAUCUCUGUAAGACCUGUGGUAAAAUGUUUUCUAAUGCAUCAAUACUUAACAGGCAUAAAAUAAUCCACUCUGAUGAGAAGCAGUAUUCCUGCAAAACAUGUGGGAAAGGUUUUCACUAUAAACACCAUUUAGUUGUCCAUUUGAGAGUCCACACAGGGGAAAAGCCAUA